GUUAUUGUUUCACAAGGCUCUGUGAUUCACUUCAGAUUAACUACAUAUUAAGCCAUACUCCCACCCCGAGGAAAGAUUGCAAUCCACCUCAAACUGAGUCUGCUAUUCAAGUCUUUAUAAAGUUGUUUGAAAGACACCAUGUGCAAGUUUCGAAUCUCCGUCACUCUUUGCGCCUGCCAAGAUCCAGCUUGCAGAAGAAAAACGGACGCUUUCGGUCAAUUUGACAGUGAAGUAAUGCAGAAGCACGGUGGCCAUAUCCUCUGGAUAAGCACAUAUCUCAGAGAAGGUCCCAUGUGCUUAGACUACUACACGAACGAAGACCCUAACCGGCUGGUGGUGCGACACGGCAUGGAUAGGAACAAUGGAAACAGUAAGCAGGAUUGCAAGAAUCGCACCUUCAUAAUCGACCCAAACAUCAAAAGAUGCUUCAUAAUGUGCGAUCCGUGCAAAGAUCUCUGUGAUCUCCCCCCACCAUCGCCAGGUUCUCCAAAGAGUCAGGAAUUCCGUCCAAUUAAUGAGUCCAAAUAAGAAAACGUGUCUCGAGGCCAUCAAAGUUGGGAAUAUGGCAGAGAGAGGGCGCUAUGUAUGGCAGGAGGGAAUGUUUACGAGAUCACAUCGCGCAAAUGGGUAGACAUCACAGUGGAUGAAAUAACUUAAGUGAAGAAACAG